AUGCGCCCCAUGAAUUGUUUGCUCAAAUGUAGAAGAGAAAUCAGCAGAACAGGUCGACAACAGUUCCGGUCCAUAAAGCUGCGCGGAAAGAAUGAUACACAACUGCUUAGCACAAUCGUUGGGGGGAAGGAAGUGGAGUGUUUCUCCCUGUUAAAUAAACCGCUUUUUCCGGGCCUCUCGUACGUUUUAAACGCGGAUAGAAACCUUGUGAGGAGUUUCGAAAAAUGCAAAAAAAAGAGUGCACACAUAGGGCUUUUUCUUUUAAAAAAUAUGGAACAUGAGCAAGUAGGAGGAUUCUUUAAUGACACACAGUUUAUGAAGGAUAUUCGCAUCGGCGGAAAAACCAUUUUGAAGAAAGACAUAGCCUUCAUUAACGAUGUGCGGGAUGUGUACGACUGCGGAUCGGUAGGAUUUAUCCGAGAGGUCCUCUACAAUGAUGAUCAGCCCAGAAACGACACGGAGGGAAAAAGCAUCUCCACGGAGGGAAAAAGCAUCUCCCCGGAGGGAAAAAGCAACUCCCCGGAGGAAAUGCCCCACAGGAGUAGCUCAAUGAAUAGUAGAGAAAGAGUAGCCUGUGUGGAUGACUCCCAUGAUGGGAUGGGACGAAAUGAAAGGAGAGGCCCCCUAUUGGACCAAUCAAAAGACAUGUAUCGAGUUGUCAUUGAAAUUGCAGAUAAGGUGAAAAUUGUAAAGUGGAUCAAUGGAAACACAGCCCAGGUAGAUAUAAUGAAGCGGCACAUAUCCAAUGCACGAAAUAGCAAACAAAUAAAGGCUUACCAAAUGGAGAUCAUAGAAAGAAUAAAAGAAAUUAUACAAUUAAAUAGUGCAUGUAGUGUGGAAUAUAAUUUAUUGUUAAAAUAUUAUGACGUGAAAAAUGUAUAUAGUUUGGUAAACCUGGUAGGCAGCAUAACCAUGGGAAAGAGAAGUUCCCUUCAGGAUCUACUGGAAAAAAGUGAUAUAGAGGACCAGCUAGCUAUUUGCUUGGAUCUACUAAAUGAAGAUAUUCUUUUGUUAAAAAUGAAGAAAGAAUUAUCCACAAAUUUGAAGAACAAAUUUAAUGAAGAAAAAGAGAAGCUAAUGAUAAGGGAGUGCAUCUCCAACUUGAAAAAAAAAAUAGGAGAAAAAACAGACCAUGAAAUUUUAUGCGAUAAAUUUUUUGCGAAAUUUCAAUUGAAAAAAAGUCAUAUGGAUAAGGAAGCUUCAGAUACUAUCCUACGUGAACUAAACAAAUUUUCCCUGUACAACGAACACUGCAAUGAUUAUGCGUCCACGUAUCAGUACCUCAACACGGUGUUGAGCAUUCCCUUUGGUAAGUAUGCCUCUCUAUGUGAAGAUAUAAGUGGAUGCGAAAGGAUAUUAACACAAAGUCACUAUGGAUUACACCAAGUGAAGAAAUACAUUCUAGAAUAUGUAGGGCUGUACAUACUAAACAAAAAUGUGAAGCCGAAAAUACUUACUCUUGUUGGUUAUCCAGGCAUUGGCAAAACGUCUAUCUGUAAAUCUAUCAGUUCGGCGUUACAACUACCCCACUAUGUAAUAAACAUGAACAACAUUACCAACAUGAAUGAACUCAUUGGGCACAGAAGAACCUACGUGAAUAGCUACGAAGGUAAAAUUAUACAAGCUCUCAUCUCAACGGAAGUAAUGAACCCCUUAAUCGUCUUGGAUGAACUGGACAAAAUUUCCUUUUCAAAUGCCAACAUAUAUACUACACUCCUAAACCUUUUUGAUAGUUCACAGAAUAAGGGGUAUAAAGACGUGUACGUCAAUUUUCCUAUUAAUCUGGAGAAAGCCUUUUUUGUUUGCACUGCUAACUCUGUUGAGGACAUUCCAGAGACUUUGCUGGACCGAAUGGAAAUCGUAAAUGUGUAUCCCUACACCAAUGAGGAAAAGGUUUCUAUUUUUAAUAAGUAUUUGAAAAAAAAAAUUCAGGAAGAAACGAAAGUUACCGACCUACAUCUGCACAUAUCGGAAGAACUGCUCCUUCAUGUUAUCCAGAAUUAUACGAACGAGAAUGGCAUACGGCAGUUUUACUCUAUUCUUUAUAAUGUCUACAAGAGGAGAGCUUUCAUGCUUCUAAAGGGGAUUACGGGGAGGGUCAAUUUGGGGGUUCAUAAUUUGCACGUCUUCCAUGACUUUGUAAGUCUCGAUUGUCUCCGGCAGAGAGGAGGCGUUCAAUCCAUUCCCUGCACUCACGAGGGCAUGAUCAAGUCUCUCGCCUUCACGGAGAAUGGUGGGCAGGUGGUCACUAUAGAGGUGGUUGGUCUGUCCGAGAGAAACUCCCAUGUGGCAGGAUCUUCUGACCUGUACUGCAAUGAGGUCAUCACAAAAAAUAACACUCCGAUGGAAGAACUCCUCCGCUUUCGUUCCAACUGUAAUAUAAACCAAUUCUCCAUGUCGGAUGAGAGGAUGAAUGCACCAGCGCUUUUGAGCUCCUCCCGAUUAGGGAAAAACGUUGCAGAAGAUAUGUGCCCCCACGGAAUGGCCACAACCCCCACUUCGUCAGAUAGGGUGGAGCCCCCUUUCAUUGAUGAUAACAACCCACCUUUUGUGAUAAAGAAGGCAACCGAAGGUACCCAUAGGAUAAAAUCGUUGGAGAGAAGUCAACCGUCAGAGUCUUAUCAGAAUUACCAAAUGGUUAUAACCGGGAACGUGGGUAAAAUGAUGCAAGAGAGCAUCCUCAUUGCGAAUACUUUUGCCACCCAUGUACUGAGGAAGGUAGUUCCAAAUUUUCAGAAUCAAUACUUACACAUCAAUUUGAGUGAGUGUGAUGUGAAGAAAGAUGGGCCCAGUGCAGGUGUCAAUUUGGUUACUUCCAUUUUAUCCUACUACUUAAAAACGGCAGUCAGUAGUUCCGUAUGCAUGACUGGGGAGAUAACUCUUAAGGGUCAUGUGGUAAAGAUUGGAGGGCUCGUUGAAAAAAUUAUCAUUGCAAGAAAUUUCGGAAUACACACCUUAAUCAUUCCCAAGGACAAUGCAGAGGAGUACGAGUUGCUCCCAAGUGAUGUGAAAGGAAAUAUGCGGGUGUUAUAUGUGCACCACUAUUACCAGAUCUUUAAUUUCCUCUUCCCCAUGUUUGGCCCCUUAAUACCAUAG